UUGAAAGCGAGGGAAAAUUGCCGUGUAUUUUUGUAAACAUACCUUUUAUAAUGCAUUUUUGUCGUUAAUCAGUGUUGUUAUUUUGAUGAGAAGAGUACAUGCGUGUGUUUAAGCAAUGUUUAUUGAUUUGUAUUAUGAUACACAGCAAACAAGCCUCGAUGAAGACACCAGUGGCAGUGGCUGCGUCUAGCUGUUUACCAUCUCGACGGCAUCUUGAUUGAGUGUCUAGCAAAAACAGUAGCAGAUCACCAGUCUGAAAAAUGGCAUACAAUACCCUGAGUCGAGCUCAACUGAGCUUUGAGUAUCUUCACACUAAUUCGACAACUCAUGAGUUUUUAUUUGGUGCUCUUGCUGAAUUGCUGGAUAAUGCAAGGGAUGCUGCAGCAACAAAAAUCAACAUCUACACAGAACCAGAUGAAUCUCUCCGAGGGGGUUUUCUCAUUGCUUUCCAUGAUGAUGGUGAAGGAAUGGACCCAAAUGAAACUGCAGACAUUGUUACAUUUGGAAAGUCGGUGAAAAGAAGUAAUGAUUUGCAUCAAAUAGGAAUGUAUGGCAACGGACUGAAGUCUGGUUCCAUGAGAAUAGGAAAUGAUCUUAUUCUCUUCACGAAGAAAGGAAUGACAAUGUCGUGCUUGUUCCUGUCCAGAACAUUUCAUGAAGAAGAAGGCAUUGAUGAGGUGAUUGUUCCAUUGCCAUCUUUUGAAGCUUCUACCAGAAGAUCACUGGCAAAAGGUGUUCGGGCUGAGGAGAAGCAUGAAGUGGAAAUGGGACUGAUCUAUAAAUAUUCCCCAUUCAGAACAGAAGAGGAAUUCUUUGAUCAGUUUGAUAAGAUAGAGGGUAACUCUGGCACCCUUGUGGUUGUAUUUAAUUUGAAACUGUUAGACUCAGGAGAACCAGAGUUGGAUGUAAAGACAGAUUCAAAGGAUAUUUUACUAGCAAAUCCAGAGUCCGACUUUGAUUCUGAUGAAGAUUUGCACAUUGAACGGAAGUCAUUCAGAGCCUACGCCUCUAUAUUAUAUGUGGACCCUAGAAUGAGAAUAUAUAUUCAAGGACAAAAAGUGCGAACAAAGAGGCUGUCAUGUUGUUUGUAUAAACCAAAACUUUACAAAUAUUCAUCAAAUCGAUUCAAAACGCGCUCAGAAAAUGAAGCGAAGCGGGCACAAGACGAAGCAUUACAAGCAGAAAACAAGGCGAAAGAAGCAGAGAGCAAAGCAAAGAAUUUAGAAAACAAAUAUGGGUCGUCUAUGUCAAAAGAUCACAGAACUGAACUUAGAAAAACACAGAAUUUUGCAGCGGAAUGUCGAGGGGAAGCUCAAAUUAAAAAGCAGAUAGCUGACAGAAAAAAUAAAGCUCUCAAAGACCCAAAGACGUUAAAUCUGAUAUUUGGUAUUAACCUGGAAGAUCGCAGUCAUGAUGGAGUGUUUGUAUACAACUGUAGUCGAUUGAUAAAGAUGUAUGAGAAGGUUGGACCACAAACAGAAGGCGGAGUAAACUGCAGUGGAGUUGUAGGAAUUGUGGAUGUUCCAUAUUUAGUGCUAGAACCAACUCACAACAAACAGGACUUUGCCGAUGCUAAAGAGUACCGGCACUUGCUGAAAGCAAUGGGGGAACACAUGGUGCAGUUUUGGAAGGAUGUAGGCAUAGUUCAGCAAGGUGUCACAAAGUUUUGGGAGAACUUUGGUUACAUUUCUUCAAAUUGGAAGGAUCCUCCAUCGAUGGAUGUGAAAUAUCUCCGCAAAAGAGCCAUGCAGAUGAAUGUUACCUUACAAUGUGAUAUGUGUUUAAAAUGGAGGACACUUCCUUUCUCAUCCAACAAUAUUGGCAAAGACUUUCCUGAUGACUGGUUUUGUGCCAUGAACCCGGACCAACAGCACAACAAGUGUUCAUCAGUAGAACAGAAGUUAAAUAUACCUGAAGGUUUUUUAAAGAAAGAAACCAAAUCUCAGGAACAAAAGAAAAAAGAUCUCGAAGAGGAAAUUAGAAAAAAGCAGGAUAUGUUGGAGAAGAUGCAGAGAUCAAAGGCUGUCAAAUCCAACCGAGAAGCUCUUGCACUUGAGCAGGAACGGAUCAAACGUGAAGAGGAACGCAAGGAGAUUGAACAAAUGGAAAGAGAAAGAAAAGAAGAACAACGCAAAGAACAAGAAAGAAAAGAAAAAGAAAGGAAAGAGCGUGAAAGACGGGACAAGGAAAAGAGGGAAAGAAAUAGAGAACGUGAAGAAGAAAAGCGAGAUAGAGAAAGACAAAGAAAAGAGGAGAAAAGAAGAACAGAACUGGCCCGUGCCAAGAGAGAGAGAGAGAAAAUGUCCAAGCAGAAGCAAAUUCAGAAAGCCAAAAAACUAGAGCAGUCACUGAGAACAAAGCUGCAACUGGAACCUAAGCAAAAGCCGGCUCUUGUUCGUUCAUCUCCAAAGCCAACGCACCAAGCCAGAACAGUGGCCUCUGUCAAAGCUGCUAAGCUGGCAGAAGCAAAGAAAGGAUCUUCAUCAUCAAAAGCAGAAGCUGUUAAACGAAAGGCAUCAUCUGUGUCUUCACCGGCUGACUCGGAUGUCGAAGAGGCACCUGUUAACAAGGACAAGAACAAAGCCUCCAGCCCAGAACCAGAACAAGAACUAGAACUAGAACCAGAACCAGAACCAGAACCAGACGAAGUUGUUCCAGCCAAAAAACAGAAGACCCAGUCCACUGACUCUGACACCGAUUCGCCCAAGAAACAACCGAAGCCUGGAAUAUUUUCUCCAUCGAACCCUGAGUCUGCUUCUGUACAUGAUGAGAAUGAAGCAGACGGGAAACGGCUUACUGAUGGCGUUGCCAUGGAUACCGAAGAAGAACCUGAAAAAGUCUGCAUUAAAGAUGCUGAUAGCAAUGGUGAAAUUGGAACAAGGGUUGAAGCUCAUGUGAAUAAUAAAUGGCUAUCCGGUGUUGUUGUGAAGGUUAACCCUACAGAUGCCAAGUGGAAAAUAAAGUUGGACAAUAAUUCCAAAGACAAGCAUGAUAAAUGGUUUGAUAAAAAUGGAAGUGAUAUAAGAAUUUUGAAGUCUGGUCAAACUACGAUUGGUACGACCAAUGGUGGUCCUCCCUCUCCUGCCUCCAUAUCAUCUCAUGACACAGCUACAGAGACACCAACGUCUUCAACAGCAACACCUGCUGCUAUUACAUCACAAAUAACAGAUGAAAUAGGAAACGGUUACAGAACAUGUCUACGAUACUUCUUGCCACCUCAGUGGAUCAUGGACAAAGACACCAUAUCAGCCAUGUCAUUGCAAGAGCUUGCCGCUUUCCCACUGGAUGAUUUCUUUGAUCAUUACGAAAAAGGAUUAAGACGCCUCGUCAGCAAUUUCCAAACGGAGGCAUCAGUUCGUAAGCAGGAAUCUGAAGAUGCUCAGGGUAAACUGUCUUCAGUGAGAAAACUGAUUGCAAAACUAUUGAAAUCCAUUAAUGAGGAAUUUGACAUUGACCCUGAAUCUGAUGGAGACCAAGUUGACGAGCUGCUAGCUGCAUGUGUUCGUCAAGCGAUGCAGUCGCAGUCUUAACGACAGACAGCGUGUGCUAACCCACACUGUGGCAGUGCUUGUGUAGUGGACUGACAUUCUGCACACACCAGACUAAAUCAGUUUCACUAAACUGGUGACCUUGAGAUUUAACCCACACAGUUUCUGUCAUUACACAUCGUACAAGUUUUAUUUCUGGAUAUUUCAGAAGUCCUGUACUAAGUCUUUUCACAUUGCAUCAGACUUGGGAAAUUGGACUUCUAUGGAUUUUCACCAAUCUGCAAAACAAAGUCUUUGACAAUGAUUUGUUUUGUUUGGAACUUUGUGGUUAUCAUUGGAAACAACGGUCGGAGAUGAAAAUGUUCCAGAUUUUUCUGAACUUUUGGAUCUUAAUGCUUCUGAAAAACUGUUACUGAUUGUGUUCUUUGAUAGAAAGCUCACAGCAAUCCCCUUCUUUUCAAGACCCUGAAAUGUUUUCAAGAUAUUUUGUCAAAUGACAUCUUCAUCCCUGAACAAUGGUUUUGAGUGGAGUAGUUAUCACAUCUUAGUGUGGACUUGUCUAUUAAAUUAUUUCAGACAGCGCUGGCUUUUUAGUAUGAAAUUUGUGAGGAGCUCAGAUAUCAAAACUGUAUGUUUAUUGUUAGGGUUCCAAUAUGAUUUCUUAUAUUAGAAUUGUAGUAUCAAAUUCUGACAUUACAGUUUAUUGUUAUAACUCAUUCCAUCAUCAUAUCUUGCAAGCUGGACUUCAAAAACAUCAAAGCAGAGUCUCAAAAUAACCGUUUGUUAUUUGUGUUGAGUUCUGAUUUAUGCUGGACAAUGGUAUUACAUGUACAUCAUUGACUUGAGGUAGAUGUAGAAUGGUCAACAAAAUACACUGUUUUAAAAAUGUAAAAUAUUAAGUACACCACUCUAAAUGUUUUAGGCCAGUGUCUUAAGCCAUCAUAGGUUAACAUCACAAUAUUGCUGUUUGUGAUAAAGCUUUGCUACACCGCAUUGGAAAAGAUACACGGGAUAUUUUCCGUAAACCACAAUGAGAGUUACUCCCAUUAGAGUGGUCACUGGACUAGCUCUUGCCACUUGCCAAAUUGUAUGCUAAACUUAAAAAAUGGCAAAACCCCAGUUGUUUUGUAAUGAAAUAUCCAUUAUUACAUGUUUUUAUUUCGCCAAACUAUGAAAUAAAAUUCACCAUUUUAAUUUUAAAAUUGACAACUGGCGAAUUUAGAGAGUGCCAGAGCUAGCCCUGGGUCAUGCAUGACCUCAGAACAGCUAAUGGAAGGUGUCAUUCUGCGAGACUCCGCUUAUUGUUUCAUGCAGAAAGUGAGCAUAUUAAUCUUUCAAUUCAUAGCUGUGUAAACCACACAAAAAAUUGUGCUCAAAUUUUAUAAUUAAAGUUGGGUCACUAAUUUAACAAUAUAUAUCAUUGUAUACCGUACUUUGUUAAACCUUGAAUACAUUUUUAGUGUUUGUGGAAACUUCAUUGAGAAAUGUGUGGUGUAGGCAUGCAAAGUUGCAUUGAUAAAUCAGCUGACCACAAGAUGACAUCAUCAUCUUCCCUGGUCUUAGCUCUGUGCAUCCCCAUGUUUUACUUAUUUAUGUUGAAAAUAAUUGUCUGAUUUUUGUGCAGUGAUAUACAUUGUAAUAAAUAGAAUAUAUAGAAUAUAUACUCUGUAUACAGCACCUCUAUAGCUGGUCUAUAACAUUUAGAGUGAUGUUUUCGAUUGUACGUGACUCACUUUCACAUGUGAUGUACAAUUGAAAACACACUUGUAAUACAUUUAUAAACUUUUACAGAAAAUGUUGCUGAUGAAGGGGGAGGCAGUGUAAUUUUAAAACCCAAAAAUAUAUUUGAAUGAUAAUACAUUGUUGGAACCUGUUUUAAUAGGAAUAUUCUGUCACCGCCCUCGUCUCCACAAAACAAAAAUAAUAAUCAUGUAUUAUAUUAGUCAGUCCCACCAUGUAUAUAAAACAUUUCAGCAUAUUUCUGGAAUGGCUCUAAAACAUGUAAGACUAAUGCUGUGUGGUGCAAGACCACCACUCGUACCUGUACAUUAAAAAAUUCAGCAUGUCGGGCAAAAACUUACCCCACCCCCCACCCCCCCCCCCACACACACACACCAAACCUCCAUUCCCACCAUGCAUAUAAAAUAUUUCUUGAAUGGCUCAUCCAAAAAAAAAAAUUAAAAAAAAAUAAUAAUAGUAAUAUUGAUAUGAUUGAUAUUGUUGUGUGUAGUAAUUAAUUUGUGAUCAUCAUUCAUGAUUAAAAUAAUUAACAAUUACUUUGAUAUGUACCAGAAUAGUUGGAUGUAACUUCAUGUAAGUAUUCAUGUGAAUUUUACCGGUUAACAGGAACAUUGGUAAACUAUUCAGUCAUUACAUGCAUGUGAAUGGGCAGGUGUGGUUCUCCUUUAGGUUCUUCCAGUAGAGAAUUGUAAAAUGACAGUGAACGUCACUGAUAGUAUUGGCAAGAACAAAUCUGCAUUUUAAGAUGUUUUUUGAAAAGAGAAAAGUAGCAUUAUAGUGAUUACAGAUAUAUAUGUUCUGACAUGUUUGUUUCUCCAGUUAUUUGUAGAAAGAAAACUAAAUCCAAUUAUGUGACAAAAUAGCAACAUUAACACCUGUAAUUAAAGUAGUUAAUGUGAAUACAGAAUUAAUUCUCAGAACAAAAUUGUGACUGGUCAUAUGAUCACGUCAAAAUGAGGUCUGUUAAGCUGGGAUAAGUUUUCAUCAUCAUUAUUAUGAUUUUAAUAAUAGAAUAAUUUGUUUUACCAUAUAUAAUUUAUUUUUUUAAUGCAUUUAUAUACUUAAUUGACACAUCAUCAAACAAGCAGAUGUCAGCUUUGAUAAUGUUGCUUUGUGCAUACAUCACAGAAAUGUUUGAAACUGAUGCAGAUGGCAUUUUAAAAUUGUACCAUGUGUAUUGUGUACGUCUGUUGUAGUCAUAUGUACUAUGUGUGUGUGUCUGUGUGUGCGUGCAUGCGUGUGUGCGUGUGUGUUUUGAGAUAGUUGUUUGCAACAAGGGAGUAUGAACAGAACCAGUUGUAGUAGUUCAGAAUAAUGCCGUUUAAUCCAUGACUUCAUUGUAGUCUCGUAAUAUGUGUGUUCAUCAUUGUUACUGUUGGAAAGAUGUUUGGCACCUCUCUCCAAACUUGUUAAUGGCAGACAGGCAGCAAACACAUUUUAACAAAGUUCGUCUUCUUUUUCUUUUCUUUUUUCUUGAGCAGCAGGGAAAAAAAAACACUGCACCAAGUUUUAUAAGAGAAAAAAACCCUGCACCCUGUAUGGUAUUAACAGAGAAUAGAUGGUUUAAAUGGUUGCAUAGUUCAGCGAUUUGUUGGUUUGGGUUAGCCAUAAUUGUUUUAGAAACACACCUUCAUCAACAAUUUUGAACUAGGGACAAAAGAAUUUUUUUUUAACAAUUUUAGCUUUUUUUUUAUCCAUGUUCAUUAUUUAGCAAGGAUACAUCUUGUAAUAAAAAGGGAUGGUUUGUGUACAAUUUAUUUUAUUAAUUUUAGUGUCCAUCUACUAGUAGUUUAUAUUUUACAAUUUUAAAAUAAUUUACUUACCAUGAAUGUUUUGGUUGAGAAAAUAAGAUUUCAGCUAUAUUGCUUAUGCCUGUCUUGGAACUUAUAUUUUUCUCACCAUUGCUGGCAUAGCAGAAAAGGAACUUCACUUCUGUGUCAUGAAAGCUUUUAUUUGUACUUUUUUCGUAAAUUUUGCAAGAACUGAAACUACAGUAAUCCAGUAGCAUAGUACUUCAUUCAGGAACCAAUCAUUACUUGGAAUAUCCUCUAACCUAUCGGGUAAAAUGUGCAGAAACCUGGUCCCUCAGUUCCUGGUAUUUUCGGUAUGAGUCACAUGUAUUACUAUGACAGACAACAUACAGAUAUUCUGCACAAAAUUCAGGACUAAUAGACUUUGUCUAUACUCUAGUGAAAAAAACAACUAUUUUAUUAUUUAUAAUAAUUAUUAUUACUUAUUUUUUCUUCUUCUUUAAAAAAAAGAGAAAGAAUUGAACCAGAAACAGCAGCAGUCGAAGCAAUUAUUCCAGCAUGGCAUAAUGGCAUGUAUAGAUUGUUUUUAUGUUGUCAGAUGUAAAUAAAAAGUGUUUUACA